AUGGCGGAAACUCAUUCAAGAACCGCGCCGUUCUACCAGAUUCCCAACAGACCAAUUGUCUGUGUUGAGCAUCCGGCCAUUAUCAAAAAUAUUGACAAAGCUAUUGAUACGCUUCAAGGAAGGACGGGCAUUAAAAAGAUUCUCGAUCCACCCAAGCCAGACACUCCUGCUAGUCUUGUGCUCCGACCAGAGGACGUCAUGGCAAGACCACUGCAGUCUAUAAGCACGGCGUCCAACAACAUUCUUCUCCGAGUGACAGUUCCUAAGCGGACGGGUCGCAAGCGCAAGAGGGGAUCGAAUGAGCCAUUCAAAGACGAUCCAGACUUGGUGAGGCAGGAAGACGGGCCCCCACGGCCUACUGCCCGAGAUUUCCUACGGAGUCUGCGCGAUAAUGUGGGGAUGCCUGACUUCGUCUUCUCAACAACCAACAGCCCCUUUGUUUCCCGAUUCCGCGAGAAGAUCCUCCCUUUCAACUUCAAACAGAUGAAGGAAUUCGACCUCGACAUGAGUAAAGGCGCCAUCUCAAAUGUCGACAUUCUUCCCCCACCCUCCUUCAGCCACGGCGAUAUUCCCUUCCACUACUUCUACCGCCAAAACCCAACAGUGCGGCAAACCCUUGACAAAGCUGGCAACCUCACAACCGUCAACACGCAGCAAUCCGCCAAAGUCCUUACUCAUCUUGUACCCUACGACAUUGAAGUAGUCCCAGCAGCGCCGCGCGCAGACUUACCGGCUAUCGAUACCCUCGACCCCGUUCUUCGCGAAACAAUUAACAUCGUAUUAUCUCUCUUUGCAACUCGCCCCGCCUGGUCGCGCCGUGCACUCCGUAACAAUUUAACAUCUCUCGAACAGCGCUAUGCCCUUCGCCAUGCAGUGCCCUAUGCCGGAUACAUCUUCCGCUCGGGUCCCUGGCGUGACGCAAUCAUCGCGUUCGGACACGAUCCCCGCAAAGACCCAUCCUCUAGGAUCUACCAAACAACUAUGUUCCGCAUUCUGCCAGGAACCUCAGAGACAGCUCGAGACCGCGACCCCCGGGACCGUGACUCUUCAGGUGGCCGCAGACACACCCUCCUUCCUCGCCCCAAUGAAAUGACAAUAAACCCGGAAGUCGCAACGUCAAAGACAUCCCACCUCUUCACAGGACAGCCCCCCCUUCCUCUUGACGGCCGGAUGUGGAUGUUCUGCGACAUCACGGACCCCCUCCUUCAAGGCAUCCUCAAUCCACCAAAUGAUUCGGGAACCGACCAACCUCCACCUGGGUUCCUAAGAGAUGAAUGUGACAUAGCGACAGAUGGGUGGUAUGGGAACGGCACGAUGGCGAAAAUGAAAACCAUCAUGCGGCAUAAGAUCCUGGCAAUGUAUGAAGGUCGCACUCCCGCUAAGGACGAAGAGUACGCGCCCAUUCUGAGCUUUCCCGACCAUGCGAGCCCAGAAACGGGUCUUAGGGGUUUUUGGCUUGAUCCCGAGUUUGCGACGUCGAUGGCGACAGCGUUGGCCACUGAGGUGAGAAGUAUGAUUAAGGCGGCGCCCGCGUGGAGGGAAAUGGCCACGGCGAGGACGCUAGCAAAGAAAGGGGACAGUGCAAAAGUACAGGGAGCCAAGGGGGCUGACGAAGAAGAGGAAGACGAAGAGGGAAUUGAGGGGGAAGGAGAGGCCGCGGAUGAGAGUGAAGGCGAGGAAGAGGCGAUUGAGCAGGCGGAGAUAAUGGAGGCGGCGGCCGAGGCUGUGCAUGCGGCUGCAAAGAGGGAUGAAGAGGAUGAGAUUGAAAACGACAUUGACGAGGUGGACGAGGAGAAUGAAAUGGAUUGA